GAGGUUGAGGGGGAGGAGACUGAAGAUACUACUGCCUCAAGCCACCUCUCCGUCCUCCUCGCGUCGCUGGUAAAGCUCGUGCUCCUUGGACGUUCCUUUCCUGCCUUAAAAGUCGGUGAGGCUCGAGAAGGGGGUGUCUUUUAUGAAUAAUCAAAAGCAGCAAAAGCCAACGCUAUCAGGCCAGCGUUUUAAAACUAGGAAAAGAGAUGAAAAAGAGAGGUUUGACCCCACUCAGUUUCAGGACUGCAUUAUUCAAGGUUUAAAUGAAACUGGCAGUGAUUUGGAAGCAGUAGCAAAAUUCCUUGAUGCUUCUGGAGCAAAACUUGAUUAUCGCCGCUAUGCAGAGACACUCUUUGACAUUCUGGUGGCUGGUGGAAUGCUGGCCCCAGGUGGUACCCUGGCAGAUGACAUGAUGCACACAGAUGUCUGUGUGUUUGCUGCACAAGAAGACCUAGAAACAAUGCAAGCAUUUGCUCAGGUCUUUAACAAGCUGAUCAGGCGAUACAAAUACCUGGAAAAAGGCUUUGAGGAUGAAGUUAAAAAGUUGCUGCUCUUCUUGAAAGGUUUUUCUGAAUCUGAGCGGAACAAACUGGCCAUGCUGACGGGUAUUCUUCUGGCCAAUGGGACACUUAAUGCAUCAAUUCUCAACAGCCUGUAUAACGAGAAUCUUGUUAAAGAAGGUGUUUCAGCAGCCUUUGCAGUAAAACUGUUCAAAUCAUGGAUAAAUGAAAAAGAUAUCAAUGCAGUGGCUGCUAGCCUUCGUAAAGUCAAUAUGGACAAUAGGCUGAUGGAACUCUUUCCAGCCAACAAGCAAAGCCUUGAACAUUUUACAAAAUACUUCACUGAUGCAGGAUUGAAGGAACUUUCUGAAUAUGUUCGGAACCAGCAGUGCAUAGGGGCUCGUAAAGAAUUGCAGAAAGAACUUCAAGAGCAGAUGUCACGAGGGGAUCCCUUUAAGGAUAUCAUACCGUACGUCAAGGAAGAAAUGAAGAAAAACAACAUAUCAGAGCAGACUGUAAUUGGCAUCAUCUGGUCUAGUGUAAUGAGCACUGUGGAAUGGAACAAAAAAGAGGAGCUCGUCGCAGAACAAGCCAUCAAGCACUUGAAGCAAUACAGCCCUCUUCUUGCUGCCUUUACAACCCAAGGUCAGUCUGAACUGACACUGUUGCUGAAGAUUCAAGAGUACUGUUACGACAACAUCCAUUUCAUGAAAGCCUUCCCAAAAAUAGUGGUGCUCUUCUACAAAGCUGAGGUGCUCAGUGAAGAACCCAUCCUCAAAUGGUAUAAAGAUGCGCACCUUGCCAAAGGAAAGAGUGUCUUUCUGGAACAAAUGAAAAAGUUCGUAGAAUGGCUCAAAAAUGCGGAGGAAGAAUCGGAGUCUGAAACUGAAGAAGGUGACUAAGUUGUCAAAAUGUCAACAGUAAAGCAAACAGGAACUGUAGAUAAAACGUCAUGUUUUGUGUCCUUCUGAUUCUUACACCCUACCUCCCUUUAUCAAGCAUGAUAUAAGGGCUCUCAUAGCAAAUUUAUGUUUGCAUUUUCUAGGGUCCUUAGAAAACACAGAAAUUAGGUUUUUAAAACCAUGUGUUAGUAGCUUACAGGAGCUCUAGAUUUGAUUCUAACAUUGCAUUAGUCCUUUCAGUUACAUUCUACCUCCUGUAUUUUCUACUGUAACAUAAUUUAAGGCCUUCCACAACUUAAAUUCAUUUUACCCCUGGGUUUUCUAUAAAGGUUUACAGUAGACAUGGAAAAUGAAAUUUGUUAUAAAAUUCUGUUUGCAGAUUAAACUGUACAAGUAUCCAAAA